UUGACAUCACCUAAGAUUCCAGACAAUUUUUCUCCAUCUGCAUAUUCAGGGACUCCUGCCGAAGUGGCUGUGCACUCGGCCACUGUUUUAAAGCGUACUCAGGGGAAAAGGCCAAGACCUUGUCGAUAUUUUAAUACUCCCAAAGGUUGCAAGCUAGGAGAUACGUGCCCAUUUAGGCAUACAAAGAAACGCACCGCCAACAAACCUGAGCACAAUAAGUUCGCAUUCAAGUAUCUCCUAAACUUUACCUUUGAGGAGGAAAAUCAAGGCUCCGCAGAUGUUUCAUUCAAAUCGUGUGAUGUAUCCGCUGCGCCUAAGAGUGCUCCUACGAAUGUACCUUCAGCUCGUUUUGUUCCUAUCAGAAUUUUUGUUAAGAAAGAGCAAAUAGGCGAACAGACACAGUUGGAUGCAAAGAAUCACGAUAUCCGGUUUUUCAAGAGAAGAUUUCCAAAGUGCGUUUAUAAUCAAUCUGACACUAUCGUCUUCAGUUAUCAAAUUAGUGAUCCAGAUUGGGUUUUCGAUGUCCGCUCCAUAAAGUUCUCUAUAAGUUUCAAGGCUGGUCAUCCUAUUGAGAUGCCCUCGGUUGAGGUUCCUAGCGAGAAUGAAGCUCUGCCGGAAACAUUAAUUAUACACAUUGAAACCGGCUGCAACGAAGCACUAAAGGCAAGGGCAAUAUGGAUUUUUCUCAAGGCAAUGUACGCAAAGUUCGAGUCAAAAAACGCUUUCGAACCUAUUGGGAAAAUGUUCGUUCGAUGGCUUGACCGCAACAUCUUAAACCUUUUCAUAGCAGGGCUCAAGAAAGCUAAACUUGUGAGGGAAGCUGAAGCAGCUGGGAUUCGUUUAGUUGUACCUAAUCUUACCAUGGGGCAACCUAGCGAAGAAAGUGAGGUUGUACAAUCAAUCAUAGCACCCUCAGAAAUUUCUGAUGGUGUCUCUUCCGAGCUCGAUCUUGCACGCUUACAAGUAGCUGAAGAAGUGCUGAGCGGACAAUUUGAAUGUGAAACUCAGAAGCGCACACAAGCUCUUCCUCUUCAAAGCACUCCUCAGAUUGAAGUGGCACUUAUUUGGAGAGACGUAAGGUGA